AUGGAAAGAGCACUUUUGUUAUCAGGCUUGUUCGUGAGCGCUGUCUUUGCAAAGAGUGGAAGCAGUAUCCUUGAUUUCGUCGAUCCAUUGAUUGGGACGGUCAACGGCGGCCAUGUCUUCCCUGGUGCUACACUGCCGUUUGCGAUGGCGAAAGCAGUCGCAGACGUGAAUGGCGAGGAUCAAGGUGGUUUCGCAUCGGAUGGGUCCAACAUUACUGGCUUCUCUCAUAUGCACGACUCUGGCACUGGUGGGUCACCAAGUCUAGGCAAUUUCCCAAUCUUCCCACAAGCAGGUUGCCCGGAUGAUCUCGUCGACAAUUGCAUCUUUCCAAAGGACGACCGUGCAGUUCCUCGCAUCAAUGGUACCGCCCAGGCUUCACCGGGCUACUUCAGCAUCGAGCUGGCAACCAACAUCAAGGCCGAGAUGACCACAACGAACCAUACGGCCCUGUACCGCUUCACGUUUCCCUCGACGCCAACAGAGGUCAAUGCCACUCUCAGCCCACUGAUCCUAGCAGAUCUCUCGGACCUGCCAAACUCGAGGAUCAACGGCUCGAUCAAUGUCACCGAUACCACUGGCCGUAUCACAGGAUCUGGCACUUUUAGCCCUAGCUUCGGCAUAGGCAGUUACACCCUCCACUUCUGCGCCGACUUCUCGGGCGCCCAGGUCAGAGACACGGGGGUCUUCAUGAACAACCGCGCCGGCACCGAGCCGAAGAACUUGACCGUGGUACAGGACGGUGUCAACAACUCCCCAGACAUCUUGCCAGCAGGAGCCUGGACCCGUUUCCACGCCCCAUCGAACGGCAGUAUCCUAGCCCGAGUAGGCGUAAGCUUCAUCUCCCCGAGCCAAGCCUGCCACAACGCGGAGACAGAAAUCCCGAACUUCGACUUCGAAGCCGUACACCAAGCUGCGGGGGAUACCUGGACCAACACUCUCGGCGUCAUCGAAGUGACCCCCGGCGCCGGCGUGAAUACAAGUCUCCAAACCGUCUUCUGGUCCGGCGUCUACCGCGCCUCUAUCAGUCCACAAGACUACACGAACGAGAAUCCACUCUGGAAUAGCACCGAGCCGUACUACGACUCGUACUACUGUAUCUGGGACAGUUUCCGCAGUAUCCACACCCUCAUCACCAUCCUCGAUCCCGUCUCCCAAGUUAGGAUGAUGAGGAGUCUCGUCGAUAUCUACCGGCACGAAGGCUGGCUGCCAGACUGCCGGAUGAGUUUGUGCAAGGGCUUCACACAGGGAGGCUCGAAUGCGGAUAUUUUGCUCGCUGACACUUAUCUCAAGAUUCGAUCUAUUGCUGAUGGAAUGGAUUGGCAGACGGCUUAUGCGGCUGUGCGGAAUGACGCUGAGAACGAACCUAAGGAUUGGAGUGUAGAGGGUAGAGGUGGGUUGAAGAGUUGGAAGGAGUUGGGGUACAUUCCUACUGAUGACUAUGAUCCUUAUGGCGUCGGACCAUUCACAAGGAGUAUCUCGAGGACAGUGGAGUACGCAUACGACGAUUUCUGUAUCGCCGAGUUGGCCAGUGCAUUGGGGUAUGGGAGCGAUGCGCAGAAGUACUACCAGAGUGCUGGGAACUGGCGAAACAUGUUCCUCUCCACGCAGAACUCGUAUAUCAACGGCACCUCAACAACCUUCACCGGCUUCCUGCAACCCAAAUUCCUCAACCAAACCUGGGGCUACCAAGACCCAAUCUUUUGCUCCCCGCUCCUAAACUUCACCUCCUGCUACCUCAACCCCACCGGCCACGAAACCUACGAAGGCUCCGCCUGGCUGUACACCUGGUUCGUGCCGCAAGACCAAGCCUCUCUCAUCAACCUCCUAGGCGGCGCCGACGAAUUCGUGCGUCGACUCGACUUCUUCCACGAGAGCGGACUCCUCUAUAUCGGCGACGAGCAAGGUUUCCUCCCGGUCUACCAGUACCAUUAUGCUGGACGGCCGGGGAAGAGUGCGGCGAGGAGUAGGUUUUAUAUUCCGAGUCAGUUUAACGAUACGCUCGUCGGGAUCCCCGGGAAUGACGAUAGUGGUGCUAUGGGAUCUUUCGCGGCGUUGGCUAUGUUGGGCUUGUUUCCGAAUCCGGGCCAGGAUGUCUAUCUUAUCACGCCGCCGUUCUUCGAGGAGUGGAGUAUUACGAAUCCCGUUACGGGGAAGAAAGCUACGGUGCGGAAUGUGAAUUUUGAUGGGACGGGGUGUAUAUAUAUUCAGAACGCUACUCUGAAUGGUGUCCCUUACACGAAGAACUGGAUUCAGCAUUCUUUCUUUUUGGAGGGAGGGGUGCUGGAAUUGACCUUGGGGAGCAGUGAGAGUGCUUGGGGGACGAGGGAGGAGGAUUUGCCGCCGAGUUUGUCCACGUCUAAUAAGACGAUGGGGAUGUAUGGGUGGUAG